GAGGACGCGCAGCAGCCUGGCGCGGGGAGCAGGCAGCCGGGGGGCCAUGCGGAAGGACGGCGGGGGGCUGGCGGCGGCGGCCGCGCUCUGCACUCUGUCGGUUUGUCUCGGCUGUCUGCAGAAGCCACCUUUGGAAAGGUUUGGUGUCGUUGGAGGAGCCGUCACGCUGGAGCCAGAAUUGAAUGCUAGAACCAACCUGUCAGAUAUCUCCUGGAAGAGAGGCAAGGAUUCAGUGGCCGAAUGGGAUGCGGCCCACUGGUUUGCCUCUGGCCUCAAGGGCAGAGCGGAGCUAGAUUCAGCUACGGGCCGCCUGACUCUCAUUAAACUGCAACAGAACGAUUCUGGCGAAUACACAGCAGACAUUCUAGUGGGAGGCAAAAUCCAGUGCACCCUCUUCUCUCUACAGGUUCUAGAGCCUCCCGAACCACCUCUGUUAAAUUGCACAGCUGUUGGUGAUCGCAUCCAGGUACGCUGUGAACCAGAUGACCAGUAUGUGGCUGCAAACAUAAGCCAGACAUACAAGUGGAAAUACCAGAAAAGCAACAAAGAGAUUCCGGGAAACAGUUCCGAAAUCUGGCUUGAGAAGGAUGCAGACUUUUCGGAGAACAUCACAUGCGUCAUCCACGUCUUAGAUGCAAACACCAGCUCGUCCAUCAGACUGAGGGACUGUACCCCAACAGGAGCUGUUUCGCAAAGAAGAGGCAGGGCACCGUUAUUUACUGCAUUUGCGAUAGUCUUAACUGCAUGGAUGGUGUUUUUCCUGUGGAAAAUAGGUUGCUUCAACCUCAAAAGGAAAGGGAAGUUCAACCUCAAAAGGAAAAGGAAGUCUCAAGAAUGUAAAGAUGGGACUGACGCUACUGAGGUAACUCCAGAAGUAGAGUGUCUCCGUGAAGAAUGUCCUGAGAACUUGGGAGAGGACAGCAGCAAAGGCCCUGCUGAUCCUGGCACCUGAACACUGAAAUGAGGGAGAGCACUCCAGAAAUGAGGGAGCCCAGUUUGCUCUCCCUUACAGCGUUUACCUGCCCUAAUUUAUUGAAGGACUUUCUUGGACGAGGAGAGAACUUUGGGUGUGUGGUUGAGAAGUGACAGCUCAAAAGGACUUGCGGGGGGGGGGGGGUUUUUUGCACUGAAGCUUCAGGAGACGGGCAGCUGUUUUCUUGAAAGACUCCUUUUGUAUUGAAUGCUGUCUUUUCCCCAACACUCUGGAGCAUGGGAGGGAUGUACAAGAUACAGCCCCCACCCUCAUCUGGGAACCAUGCGAUGCUUCUCUGUCCGCUGCCGCAUCACCGACUCCUGAGCAACACCCCCUUCCAUUGCAGGCCCCGCCCAGGAAUCGCUCUUCGUCCUGCAGAUGAGCAUUGCAUCCCUUUACUCAGGCACUUUCGAUAUGUCCUGUGCAAUUCUGCACAGGUUUGCGAGGAGUAAAAGGAGGCUUACUUCUGGGCAAACAGGCACACGGGGAGUACACUUGUCCUGGUUUUUAGGACAGGACCUUUGUGAAAGGCAGUGGAUGAUGCUCAGUUGCAGGAACAUUUUCUCCCAAUUUUUUGCUUUGCCCUAAAGAACUUGUAUGUCACUGUAGUGGCAGUUGGAAGCCCGCCCAAGGGUGGGGCCUGGUGCUGUCUCGAGACGGGGCCUGAUGCAGCCAGCUUAGCUUCAGUCCAGUCUUCCUCAGGUCACUGUUGGGAGUCGCGCAUCCGAGAAGCAACGUCUCGCCGGCUUUUAAUGACGCUUCCAGAAUCAACCAAAACGGCGCAGUUCAGAAUCCCCGGAGAAGCUCUUCUGUUUCGUCUCUACCUGUGCCAAAAGGUUCCACGCACAGCUUGGGACCUCCAGCUUUUGGACAAAAACAUCUACUUGCUAUAGUAUUUAUAAGGAUUCGCGUAUUGGAGGAACCACGAAGUGUGUCCUGGGCAAAACAGCUGGUGUGGUGAACACCUUUUCUUUGGGAGCUCCGAGAAAUCUCACAGUCCUGCCCUUGUCAUAAUGCCAAAUUCUGAAGAGUCUCGUUCUGCUUUGAAGGCCAAGGAUAAGUUACUAGUUCUCAGGGGUAUGAAGAGAAGCUGAAGGUGUGUUACUACUGCUCUGGUGCCAAGGAGAGAGGCCAGCCGAUGGUUUCAACUUGACUGAACCCUUGUCUCUCACCACACUUCCCUUGUCCCCAAUGUCAGUGCGUUGGCUGCUGUGUGUUUCCAGGCAUGUUAACCUCCCAUCUCUGCCCGCCGUACCUGAUCCCUGCCCUUUAAGACAACCCAGAAGCGGCAACUGGUCCAGAAUGUAGCAGCCUGACUAUUUGUCAGGGUACGAGCCACCAGAAGAAUAUGCUGUCAAUCUUGAAACAGCAGAAGGGAGUAUAAACGCUAUGUAGCCCUAAGCUGCUCUGAAAUAGAAACUUUGUUAUACUAACAAAUGUGUAAAGACCAAACCAGAAUGACAACAAUAACUCUUACAAUGUUACAACCGGGGUCAUUUCCUAGAAAAAGAGGUGCAAGAGCUUAUUUGCAUAACUCAUUUGCAUAUGCCA